CUUCUGCAGAGGGAUGAGGUGCGGCGGUAUGUGACGGGCCCCCCCGGCCCACCAGGCCCCCCCGGAAGCAGUGGUGGCUAUGCCACUUUUGACACCCAGGAAGUGGCUGAUCGCGUUCUGAGACUUAUGAAUGAACGUGGGAUGCUGAACGUACAAGGACCUCCAGGCCCCCCCGGCCUGCCUGGCUCCUACGGUGACAUUACCACCCUGCUUCAGAAACCCGAGUUCCGUGGAUUGAGGGGCCAACCAGGACCCCCAGGGGCCAUUGGUCCCCAGGGGCCACCAGGAGCACCGGGCGCACCAGGACCUCAGGGCCCAGCUACUGGGGUUCGCUGCCCCCUUUCGGACCCCAACAACGUGCCGUCCUUGACUGAGAACGCCCACCAAAUUCAGAUUCGCGCCGAGCUCCAGGAGUACCUCAGAAGUGAUAACAUGCGGAAGUUAAUCAUCGGGCCCCCAGGAGCCCCAGGGGCCCCGGGCUUCCCAGGGCAGAAGGGGGAUCGUGGUGAGCCAGGCUACAGCUACACGGAGGACACCGGCCACAGACAGGCUCACGCCAGCCGACGGGCGGAGCAUCUGGACUACUCCAACGUGGCGGUGAAAGUGACCGAUUACAUCAAGACUCAGGGUCUGCUGCGGGAUGUCCUGUAUGAUGCCACUCAGCGUGUACAAACAGGGGUGAUCCAGGGUCCUCCUGGGCCCCCCGGACCCCCUGGCCCCCCAGGACAGACCCAUUACUUUGGGUCUUCCAGCAACAUGACCCAACUCAUAGACUACGUGAAGAGUGAGUAUAAACUGGAACCAUGUACAUUCUGCCCCAGCAGAAAUAAAUAUUUUAUUAGGGGGAAAAUAAAGAAAGCAAUGUGAUUAGCUGUUUGUCCU